GCGACGGAGCCGGAGCGAGGGUGACCGCCCGCGGGGGACACUGUGCUGUGCCGCUGGCCUCGGAGGACUUUUACUAUAAUUACCAUCAUUGUUAUUAUUAUUAUUAUUAUUGGGGGUUUAAUUUUUUAAUUCUUUCGCGGGGCAGCGGUUUUUUCCUCCUCCUUCGGCGCGGUGGAAAACACACGUUUUAGACCAAAAUCCCAAACCAGCCCAUCCAUCCUCUUUGCUUUGCGCUUCGCAGCAACUUGGAGCCCGUUAAUUGCACUUGGCGAUGGAUGAGUUCCACCCCUUCAUCGAGGCACUGCUCCCCCACGUCAGGGCCUUUGCCUACACCUGGUUCAACCUGCAGGCCCGCAAGCGCAAGUACUUCAAGAAGCAUGAGAAGAGGAUGACGAAGGAUGAGGAGAGGGCAGUGAAGGACGAGCUGCUGAGCGAGAAGCCGGAGGUGAAGCAGAAAUGGGCCUCACGCCUCCUGGCCAAGCUGCGCAAGGACAUCCGGCCCGAGUGCCGCGAGGACUUCGUGCUCUCCAUCACAGGCAAGAAGCCCUCGUGCUGCGUCCUCUCCAACCCCGACCAGAAAGGCAAGAUGCGCCGCAUCGACUGCCUGCGGCAGGCGGACAAGGUGUGGCGCCUGGACCUGGUGAUGGUCAUCCUCUUCAAAGGGAUCCCGCUGGAGAGCACGGACGGCGAGCGCCUGGUCAAGUCGGGCCAAUGCACCAACCCCAUCCUCUGCGUCCAGCCCCACCACAUCAGCGUCUCGGUCAAGGAGCUCGACCUCUACCUGGCCUACUUCGUCCGUGAGAGAGAUGCAGAGCAGAGCGGCAGCCCCCGGACAGGCAUUGGCUCGGACCAGGAGGACAGCAAACCCAUCACGCUGGAUUCGACAGACUUCCAGGAAAGCUUCGUCACCUCGGGGGUGUUCAGUGUCACCGAGCUCAUCCAGGUGUCCCGAACACCGGUGGUGACGGGCACAGGGCCAAACUUCUCCCUGGGGGAGCUGCAGGGCCACCUGGCCUAUGACCUGAACCCCUCCAGCACUGGCAUGAGGAGGACACUGCCUAGCACCUCCUCCAGCGGGAGCAAACGGCACAAGUCUGGGUCCAUGGAGGAUGACAUUGACACCAGCCCUGGGGGCGAGUACUACACCUCCUCCAACUCCCCCACCAGCAGCAGCCGCAACUGGACAGAAGACAUGGAAGGGGGCAUCUCCCCGACUGUGAAGAAGACAGAGAUGGACAAGUCCCCCUUCAACAGCCCAUCACCCCAGGACUCCUCACCCCGGCUGAGCAGCUUCACGCAGCACCACCGUCCCGUCAUCGCUGUGCACAGUGGUAUCGCCCGAAGCCCACACCCAUCGUCUGCGCUGCAUUUCCCCACCACCUCCAUCCUUCCCCAGACAGCCUCCACCUACUUCCCGCACACGGCCAUCCGGUACCCGCCUCAUCUCAACCCGCAGGACCCGCUCAAAGAUCUCGUCUCGCUGGCCUGCGACCCGUCCAACCAGCAGCCCGGACCGUUAAAUGGAAGUGGUCAAGUGAAAGUGCCCAGCCACUACCUGCCCACGCAGAUGCUGGCGCCGCCACCUCCCCCCGGCAUGCCCCGCUUGGCCGUCUCUCCUGACACCAAAUCCACCACGACAACUUCCGAGGGAGGGACGACCUCGCCGACAUCACCCACCUACUCUGCACCAGGCACGCCCCCUGCGAACCGUUCCUUCGUGGGAUUAGGACCAAGGGAUCCUGGGAGUAUCUAUCAGGCACAGUCCUGGUACCUGGGAUAACCGCCACCGUGCCGCCCCUUCGCCUCCCUUCUUCUCUGCUUUAGGCACCCCCAGAGGAACAUCCCCGUCCCCGAGCACCAGGCCCAGCCUUGCGGUGACGACGGAGAGUGCGGCCUCACGACGAUGACAACGACGACAAGCAAAACCCACACCCGAAGGAAAGAGCAAGGGAAAGGAAGAAGGAAAAGGGUCAAACUGUUUUAAAAUGGGAAAAAAAAAAAAAAAACAAACCCACAAACAAAAAACAAACAAACCAACAACUCAUCCCAGGAGGACCUUUCCCCCACCCCGGCGAUGCGCCAGAAAACAAAGAAACAGGAAAAAAAAAAAAAAAAGAAAGAAAGAAAAAAAACACUAUUAUUUACCCCGUCGGCCGGCGCCGCGCUGAGACCUGACACAAGCGGUGCCAGCGAUGCCUCCCGGAGCGGCCACAGGGCCGCGGUGCCGCCCGCUCGCCGAAUAUGCAAACGGCUUUGACUCUCUCGUUCUUGCCUCUAUGUGAGUAAAAAAGAUCAAAACCUCCCCCGCCGACCCCCCGGCCCAGACUGUCGGGGGAUCCCGGGGCUGGGGUGGGGAGCCCCUCCCGCUGCCGCCCCGCGGAGCGGGCGCUCUCGCGGUCGGGCGGGUGACGCUCGGUGCUGUGCGAGCGCCCCGGGGACGGUGACAUCGUGCUGCGGUGACACGGUGACGGUUGUGCGGUGGCGCAGUGGAUCGAGCGGGUGGCACAGGAGGAGGGGGCUUGUGACCACAGAGGGUGCAUGAGCACUGCCAGAGAUGGUCGCGGCGGCGGCGGCACCUCGGUUCCCGCUCAGACACGGUGUCGUGACGCUCCCACCACAGCCCCACGCGUCACGGCGGCGGUGGCACUCCGAUUCCAUCGGGGACGCGGCACGGGGACUGUCGCAGCCCGGCGGCCACCGUCGCGCCGAGGCACCGGUCACCAUUUCUCUGGUCGCCUUCCUCCCUCAAGUCUGCACCGGCCCGGGCCCCGUGUGUCCCCACUGGUGUCCCUGUGUCUCCGGCGUGCCCUUGCGCCCGGGGAUUCCGCGGGGCUGGGGGAUGGGGGGCGUGCAUCCGUGUGUUUGAGCUAUGCAUUCCUGUGGACAGGUACCAGGUGGGAGGCAGGGUGCGCUCGUGUUGCACAUUUUGUAGGAAAUGCACUUUUAAGAGGGAAUCAUCAAAAAAAAAAAAAAAAAAAAAAGAGGAAAAA